AUACUGCACACCCAACUCCCCGUCGGCUUCAGCGUCCUCUCUUUUAUGAGCAUCCUCCUCGGUGUCGGUUUUGAAGAGGUCCUCCCUUUAGCUCCCGUGUCUACAUGACAGCCGCGUAGGUUCUCACGUACAGUCAACAGAAAGGAACAACACCAUGGCGAGAAACCGUAAAGACAGAGACAGCUGGGGGUCCUUCACAGACAAAGCCACCUACGACUGGAGCUCAGAGGAGGAGGAGCCUGAUGGAAGGGCGCGGCCCAUCCAGGUGCUCGUUGUCAAGGACGACCACACCUUUGAGUUGGACGAGGCGGCGCUGAGCCGGAUCCUAUUGGCCGAAGAGGUCCACAACAGGGAAGUGGUGGCCAUAUCUGUGGCCGGGGCGUUCCGCAAGGGCAAGUCCUUCCUCAUGGACUUCAUGCUGCGUUACAUGUACAGCCAGGCGUCUGAGGAGUGGCUGGGGGAGUCAGAGGAGCCUCUGACAGGGUUCUCCUGGAGGGGUGGAUCUGAGAGGGAGACCACCGGCAUUCAGAUCUGGAGCGAAGUCUUCCUGGUGGACAAGCCAGAUGGGCGCAAGGUGGCCGUUCUACUGAUGGAUACCCAGGGAACGUUUGACAGCCAGUCGACGUUGAGGGACUCAGCCACUGUGUUCGCACUYAGCACCAUGAUCAGCUCCAUGCAGUUCCAGUCCAUGAUAUUCCUGGUCCGGGAUUGGAGUUUUCCCUACGAGUUUGGCUACGGGCAGGAAGGAGGCAUGAAGUUCCUGGAGAAAAGACUCAAGAUCUCAGAGAAUCAACACGAGGAGCUGCAGAACGUUCGUAAACACAUCCACUCCUGCUUCACCAACAUCUCCUGCUUCCUGAUGCCCCACCCCGGACUCAAAGUGGCCACCAACCCUAACUUCGACGGCAGACUCAAAGAGAUCGACCGUGAGUUCAUCAACAACCUGCAGAUCCUGGUCCCGUGGCUMCUGAGUCCCAAGAACCUGGAUGUCAAGGAGAUCAACGGCAGCAACAUCACCUGCAGAGGCCUGCUGGAGUACUUCAAGGCAUACAUCAAAAUCUACCAGGGGGAGGAGCUGCCACACCCGAAAUCCAUGCUGCAGGCCACAGCAGAGGCCAACAACCUGGCAGCAGUGGCAGCAGCCAGGGACCUGUACAACAAGAAGAUGGAGCAGGUGUGUGGUGGGGACCGGCCCUUCCUGGCCCCAGCAGAGCUCCAGGCCAGACACAGUGACAUCAGAGAGGAAGCCCUCCAGGUGUUCCGGGGGGUCAAGAAGAUGGGAGGGGAGGAGUURAGCCGACGCUACCUGCUACAGCUGGAGGGAGAGGUGGACGAGGUGUUCAACCAGUACAUCAAGCACAACGACUCCAAGAACAUCUUCCACGCCGCCCGCACCCCGGCCACGCUGUUCGUGGUCAUCUUCAUCAUGUACGUGGCGGCGGGCAUCACGGGRUUCGUGGGGGUUGACAUCAUCGCCAGCGUGUGUAACAUGAUUCUGGGCCUGACGCUGAUCACCCUGUGUACCUGGGCCUAUAUACGUUACUCCGGGGAGUACCGAGAGCUGGGCCAGGUCAUCGACCAGGUGGCUGGAGCACUCUGGGACCAGGGAAGCACAAAUGAGGCGCUGUAUAAGCUGUAUAACGCUGCAGCCAAUCACGGGCACCUGUACCACCAUGCGUUCUCUGGUCCCCAGGCCCCCGAAGAAGAGGGGGAGGCCCCCGAGAAACCCACCAGGAAGAGGAACUGACUGGGUGACCUGAUUGGCUAGAGCACAGCAGGGACUGCUGGGUACCUCUUAAGUAGCAUGAUGGACAGAGAGGGGGGAAGCAUCCUCUUUUACUAUGGUAUUGGCUGGAAUAGUCCAGUGACGUGUUCACUAUUUUAAAUCCAAAUGUGGACAAUGUAAUGUCCCAGAGGCACAAUCUCCCUUUGAACUGGGGMUGCUGCCCUAUCAACAAAUGGGGAUUUUCACUUAUCAUUGUCCUUCAUUUGGAGAACAUAGGUGCAGUAGAGUAAUUUAUAGUUUACGGCAUAUUUGAUUGUCUUACGUCAGAUAGCGUGACGAACGACCGUCUGCACUGGUAGUUUGGCAACGCGUUUCCCUUUUAGAAAAAACGAAGCCAUCUGUCUGAAGACAAUGCUGCUGAUUUUCACAAAUAGUUCACCUGAUUAUGCRAUUUUGAGGAGAGAGGUUUAAUUGAAGUUGACCUCUGACCUGUAACUGACUGGCGGGUCUCAUGUAUAUUGAUGUUUGAUCAAGUUUAGUGCUUUUUAUCUAAGAAACGUGUACGAUGGAUGCAUCCUAAAUCACACCCUAAUAAAAGGGAAUAGGGUCCCUUUUGGUUGCAGACAGUAUCUUUGCUUAAAAUAUACAUAUUUUCAUCAGCAUGGUAAAUCGUUAUUGUCUACCAUUUUAGGCUCUCCAGUCUUAUCUUGAGUCUGGUAUAUUUGUUAACAUUURUGACAUGUUUAGGGCUUGUACUUAUUCUGGCACUUUAAAAGGAAAACUCCACCCAAAGACUAUCUUUUGGUAUUUGUUUCAUUAGUCCAUUGUUGACAUCGUCCUAAAAUGUUUUGCUUGUCGGCGAUCGCGUCUUAAAGAUAUGUAACUUUCAAAAUACAGAAAUUAUCCCUGUAUGAUGSAUUUUGUAUCAUAUGAUGAAAAACACAUCAUACUGGGAUGGUUUAUUUUUAUUUUUUAGUUAUUCAAUCUAUGGGUACUGUGUGCCAAUCUCGUGCAUCUACAGUUUCAUGCAGCAUUGUCUUCCUUCGUAUGUGGCUGCCACUAGUUUUCAUGAUGUGCACACAGAAUUUAAAUARAUCUUAUUGUAUCUCAAAAUGGUCACAAAUUUAGACUGGAACAGAAUUCACUGGCGGGGACACGAUAGUUGUAAUUCAAGUAGUGGAAAUACUCCCCAACACUGAGUUAGUUACAGGAUAGUUCUGUAGACAUGUAUAAUUUGACCACAGUGUAAUUUGUGAUGGGAUCAAAGAGCCUUCAACUAAUAGCACAGGGCUGGGUAGAGAAUGAUUCUAAACAGUUCAAAAGGUCACACUAUCUAUUAUAUGUAUCUAUCACUUCAUAUUGGUCUGCUUCCUGCUCAGUUUUGGUAAAUAAAUGAACUUACAAAACAGAAAAUUGUAUGAUCCUUUGAA